AUGGAGCUCAGUAAGAAACGAGUUGUGUUGGACUUCCACCGGCGACUGGGCCGCAGACUGCGCACGUUGCAAUUGGACAGCAUAACAGACAAACGGCUGCGACAGUAUAUCAACAAGAAGUUCGAGAAAUCGUCGAAAUCCCCGAAAAAGAGCCUGAAAGAGGGUCAUGAAUUUUACCAGUUACUGGUGGACUCGUCCAGGAGCCAGUUCAAAGCGGGAAUUCAGCUAUUUCAAAUAGCCUACUGCAGAACAGUGCCGCCACACAAACGGGUCCCCGACUGGCUUGCAGAGUUUCUUAGCACCAAGGUGGUCACCCGUGAUCAAAAGGAACAGUUCAAGGCCAAGUACGAAGGUAUCUUGGUCCACAAUCACGAGAUCAACAAUUUCAAGAACGUAAAAGGUCUGGUUGAGAAAUAUGACAAAACCAUGGCACAAAGCGACACCGAGUCGAGUCCAUCUAACCACAGCAUUCUGGAUAUCUUGAAAGGUAAAAAGCCAAAAUCCAAUCCCGUUCAAAAACCAAGGACUGCCUUCAACUCUCCCUACUACGCACGAUUUGACCGCCUGAGAUCGAGCUUCAGACGCUAUAUAGACCAUGACUGGUCCCUUCCGCAGUUGAACGUGCGAUUCCCGCCAAACUCUGUUGGGCUGCCCCGAAACCCCAACGUUAGGCAAAAUCUUGUCUUGAAAAAACUGCUUCAGCUUCGUCGAUUUAUUCAGGAAUAUCCUCCUAUCGCCAAGGGAGAUAUGGACCAUCUGGAUAACGUGAUCCGCUCGCCUUCCAUGGACAACCACGCCCUCAGACCUGCAUACGAAAGAUUCUUAAGAGACUCCUAUGCCAUUAAUGAUGAUGGUAGCUUCAAGCUAUCCCGAACAAGGAGCGUCGGCAUACCCGCUCCGCAAGAGCUGUUCAAAUACUAUGCUAAAUGA